AUGGAGGAAGAUGAAGAAAUAUUGUGUAGAUACGGCACGGCUCUACCAGCAUUCGAAGAAGAUGCCGUACCGUCGAAGAAACCCGUCACCGUCGAGGACCAAAUUGUGCUGGAUAGCAAUGGGAAACGUCGUUUCCAUGGGGCAUUCACGGGAGGGUUUUCGGCAGGCUAUUGGAAUACAGUCGGAUCGGAAGAAGGUUGGAAGCCGACAGAAUUUAAAAGUUCGCGCAAAGAGAAAUUCUCUUCUGUACGGCAGCAAAAUCCAAUGGAUUUCAUGGACGAGGAAGAUCUGGGAGAGUUUGGUAUUGCGCCGCAACGUGUCCAGGCAAAGGAUGAUUUUGCCCAUAGCGGGGGCAGUAGUAACUCUAGCAAAAGAAAGUUUGAAUUGGGGCUAUCGAAAGGGCCAAUACCUGGCAAGCCGGUGUUGCGAGCACUGCUGGAGCCAGCGAAAGAGAAGACAGCAGUUAAAAUGCUAAAGAAAAUGGGCUGGCGCGAAGGUCAGGGUAUUGGAGAGCGCCAGACAAAGCACGAAAAGAAGCAGGCCAACGCGAGAACUAACAAAGAGCAGUAUUUAAUGAAAAUGUACGGUUGUGAAAUUCCCGGUCGACCAUCGGACGAGGAUGCUGACCGUGACGAAGGAGACGAUGGCUCGGAAAAUUCAGACAGCGACUACGAAGUGACAUUCGCUCCGGAUGAUUUCGAUCCGUUGGUCGCUUCCCUUAAGAACAAUACUUUCGGGUUAGGUUACAGUGGGCUCGACCGUGGCACGUCAUCCAGCGGGUUUCAGCUGUUCGAUGCCCUCGAGGUAGUAGACAAGAACAACAAAAAACUUUCGAUUCGUGGACAAGCUUUCGGAAUCGGUGCGCUGGAAGAUGACGAUGAUCUCGACGUGUACGCCCGGGACGAUAUGUCCCGGUACGAUUUUUCGCUUGAAGAUAAAAAGCAAACGAAAUGUGCAACUUCGGCGAAUAACGUGAAACAACAAGCAAGUAACCUGGAGGGCUUUAGCUCCAGAAGUAGUGCACAGAAGCACUCUAAAAAAGUGUUUAGUGUACAAAUGCCUGAUGGCUUCCAACCACGAAAUUGGGAAGAACGGAGGACUCGCUUUAACCCUCUAGACGAGCAGCGGGCAAAGCAGAUCGAGCGAGACAACGAACACAAAAUCAAAGGCCUUGGAAGGCAUGAUCUUUGUCCAAAGGAGCGGGGAGAGAUCCUAGGAGAAAAAUCCAAACCGAAUCCUGUACUAGAAAUGCUAAACCAACGCAGUAAUAACUUUGUAAGCGGCGAGGUAAUUCACAACGAUAGCACGCAUUCGGCAGCAGAAACAGAUCAACCGAAGGAAGGAAGCAAAAUCGUUGUAAAACAGGAACCCCCAUCUUCUUCGUCGGUUCCGUCGGGUUUGGUGACACAACCGAACGUGCUGCAACGGCAGUACCUCGGUUCGACUAAGGAAGGCUUCAAACCAUUCAUUGCAAUGCCCGACAAACAGGAUCGCUAUGAUCGGUUUUUAGCUUUUCAGUCCACCGAACGGUACCUCACCCGGCAGCAGUAUCUGGAAUCGUUGCAACCGCUAGGAUUAUCCGCGUGGGAUCGCGAAAGGGAGCUUAAGGAGUUUGUCCAAGCCGAGCGUAUGUAUCGCCCGCUGGAUGGGUUAAUGUCGGAGCGGUUUGUAACAGCGUCGAGCUUGAUUGCGGACAAAACCAUCCCCGCCGAUGGGGAAUCGGGAAAACCGCGGGAAAUUCGAAUGCAGCGCACUCGCGUGAUGUGGAAACCACAUAAGGAGCUGUGUAAGCGAUUCAACGUACCGGAACCGUUUGGGGGAAUGAUGGCGGAUGAGCAGGAUGCCGCAGAGAAACGCAGAAAGGAGAAGGGAAAGUUCUCCGUGUUCGAUUAUCUGGAGACACCCGUCACAAAUAGACGCGAUUUUGUUACUCCCGUCGUCAUACCAAACACUCGUAAACACCAACACACAGGUAAUGAAAGCCAGCUUAAUCCCGUUGCAAUCAAACGCUCCUCCAAUGCGGGCGGUGCAGGACAAAGGCUUUCCUCGAGAGACUUUUUCAUUUCUGACGAUACCACCAGAACGUCGAUUCCAAAUACCGAAAGCGAAGCGAAUUCCGAGGAUGGUCCUAUCAUCAGGACAGUCAAUUCGUCCCUUCCACCACCAGUGCUGAGCAGAAAAACGGAGAAAAAAAGAACGGAACUAGAAGAAAAAGUGCUACAAGCAACCAAUAAAAAACCAGAGGACAAGCGAGAUCUUUUCAAAUCCAUUUUCUGCAGCAGCGACGAGGAAGGAGAGUCAAAACCGAACUCGAGUUCGAAAGAAGAAAAAGCCCCUGCCGAAGCUUGCAGCGUCCUUACCGAUGAAGAAAAGCUAAAAAUGGUCGAUAGCUUCAUUGCCAUCAAGCCCGCAAGUCAGGUGAACAUCCUGCGCAACAAUUCGCCCCCUCGGGGAAUCUUUAAAAACUUGUUCGAAUUCAAACAACCACCACGUGUUGAGCGCGAACACGUGCUACAGUGUUCAUCGAAAUCCGUCAAAACGACAGGACAAAAAGAUGCUGAAAAGAAAUCAGAACGACAUUCCUCCACAUCGAGCGACUCAGAACCAGACAGUGCGUCCGAUUCGGAAGACACGGAAUAUUAUGGACCGAAGCUGCCAACCAAAGCGGUCGAUAAUUUGGCAAAUUACAGCGAAGGCCAACCAACAGGGGCAGGUGACGGGUUUCAGCAUCUGCUGGACGGCAAGGAACGUGCGAAAGACACCUGGAUCGAAAAGCGUCUCGAAGUUCGACGGCAUUCACCAGAUAAGGGGAAAAAGAAGAAAAAACACAAACAGCACCAUCACAAAAGUAAGAUGAAAAGCAAACAUAAGAAAGAAAAAAAGAAGAGCAGUCACAAGCGUAAAAGUAGGCAUUAGCUUUACGCUACUGCAGGAGAUAUUUGCUACCGCAUCCCGGGCGAAUUUUCUCGGAAUCGAUUAGAAUAAAGAAUUUAAAAAAAUGCAACGUCCACCGGCUAGACAUGUAAAUUGAAAUUCCAUUUUUAUUGCGUCGUUACUGAAAUUCGUCACUAAAUAGGAAGGGUAAUCCUAAAGUGCACGCACACUUAAGGAGAAAGUAAGAACUAUUCUAACAUUUUUCUUUGUCGUUAAUUCCGGAACGAAGUUUUAACGCGGAGC